AUAUCUCACUUUUCUUCUUUUUCUUCUUUCACACCUCUGCCUGAAAAUGGAGGACCAAUGCAGUCCAUUUAGCUGGGGAUUUUGCUACCAGGAUGAGGGAAUGGAGGAGUUAAAGCAUACACUUUUAUACACAACACUGGAGUUGGAGACAACAAGGGUAUCAGCGAAGGAGGAGAUUGCAAAGAGGGAAUUUGAAUUGAUUCAAAUCCAAGAUGUCCUAAGCAGGACAAUCAAAGAGAGGGAUGAAGCUCAGACAAGAUGCCAGAAUCUGAUGCUGGAGAAACUCAUACUCAAAAAACAGCUAGAGCAGAACCAGCAGCAGAAAGUGAAAGUAAAUCAUCAAGAUGCAGCUACACUUUCUGGGAUUUCUUCAGGCAGUGAUGAUGAAUCAAAACCUCUUAAUUCCAACAACCUAAUUUCCAGUUCAGAUCCUAACAGAGGCAUAGUUCCAAUUCCACAACUACAAUCUGAAGCACCCCUUCCAGAAGAGGCCUUAAAAUUGGCAGCUAACAGGCCUUUACCAGAGAAAGGGAAGCUACUUCAGGCAGUAAAGGAUGCCGGGCCGCUGCUGCAGACCCUUCUCCUGGCUGGACCUCUCCCUCAAUGGCAACACCCUCCUCCACUCCAUCCCAUUGAGAUUCCACCGGUGGCCGUGGCCAUAUCGUCCCCAAAGACUCCGCAACUCAUACAUCAAGACUCCUUUAACAGUCUUAAUGGAUGUUUAAGCAAGAAAAGGGGUUUAGAGCCCCGUGAAGGCUCUGACUCUUCCCCUAAAACCAAGUAUCAGAAGGCAGCUUUUAGCUGAGUGUUGCUGUUGCCUACUUACCCUUUAGGAAUCAGAUACUCAGAUUUCCUAACCUCCCUCCAUUGUUGAACGUGGAGACUAGAACUGGUUUUUAUUAAUUCUGCUAAUCAUGUACAUCAAUGAAAUGUGAAAUGAAUU